GUCCGUCCUCCCCCCCACCCCCUCCGUGACAUCCUCCUCUUCGCUUCCUGCUCGUCGUCGUCCGUUCCGGCGAAAGAAAUAAAUAGAACGGUCUUGUUUCAAUUUCUCCCGGAAUUCGAUUGCCCCCGUGAAAAUUCCUCGUCCCCUUCUUCCCACGAUUUCUAGGGUUAGGGUUUCUGUCGAUCUUAUUCUUCUUUUUCGUCUUCACCUUUCGAGAAGGAUAAGAGGAUGAGCUUCGAGGAUCUCGAAGGGGGGCGGCCGCUGCCAGGGCGGAGGGAUCUGGUCAACGGGAGGCAGGACCCGACGCAGGCAGUGGCCGCUGGCGUCUUCCAGAUCAAUACCGCCGUCUCCACCUUCCAGCGCCUUGUGAACACCCUAGGGACCCCCAAGGACACCCCCGAGCUCCGCGAGAAAUUGCACAAGACAAGGUUACAUAUUGGACAACUUGUGAAAGAUACAUCAGCAAAACUUAAACAAGCUAGUGAGACAGAUCAUCACACUGAAGUUAGUGCAAGCAAAAAGAUAGCCGAUGCAAAGCUUGCAAAAGAUUUCCAAGCAGUUCUGAAAGAGUUUCAGAAAGCUCAAAGGCUUGCAGCUGAGAGGGAGACUGCUUACGCUCCUUUUGUUCCUCAAGCAGUUCUUCCUUCAAGCUAUACAGCUAGCGAGAUAGAUGUCAGUGUUGAUAAAACACUUGAACAGCGUGCUCUGCUUGUGGAGUCUAGAAGACAAGAGGUAUUGCUACUGGACAAUGAAAUUGUCUUUAAUGAAGCCAUCAUUGACGAGAGAGAGCAAGGCAUACAGGAGAUUCAGCAGCAGAUUGGUGAGGUGAAUGAAAUUUUCAAAGACCUCGCUGUGUUGGUUCAUGACCAAGGAGCUAUGAUUGAUGAUAUUGACUCCAACAUUGAGAACUCCCUGGCAGCAACUGCACAGGCAAAGACUCAACUUGUGAAAGCGUCCAAAACACAAAAGUCCAAUUCAUCUCUGACAUGCUUGCUCUUAGUGAUUUUUGGGGUUGUGCUACUCAUUGUGAUCAUAGUCCUUGCAGCAUAAUCAUUGGAAGGGGAAGUUGCGUCUGAUCAACAGUUCCAGCAAAAACUCAAGAGAGAUUGUGUAUGCUCUCUGGUGGUCUGGCAAUCUUGGCCUAGUGGGGGUGAUGAUAUGUGGACAUCUCGUUGAGGUUAAAUGGUAUAUGUAAUGCAGUGAUUUUUGGUGAUGUAAAAUUAUUUUCAGUUUGCUUGUCUUGCGGUUCCUUUCAUAUCGUUUUGGGAGUCCAGAGUGUGGAGGCCUGGAUAUGUCUGGGCAAAGAACUAACAGCUGACUUUAAUGAUUAAUAUAUAUCAAUAAAAGGGGUAUUCUUUGAUUUUCUCUUUCUAA